UUCUCAAAUCACUUAAUUAAACUCGUUUUCGUAGUUUCCUUCUUCUACACCACCAUCAUCUUUGUCUUUAAUUACAAUCGAAAUAUGGUGUCUGAACAAUUGAACCUUAUUCGAAAUAUUGUGGCAAUAAUAGGGAAUGGCAUCGCUCUAUUUUUGUUCUUAUCACCAACGCCAACGUUCAUACAGAUUGUGAAAAAGAAGUCAACAGAGGAAUAUUCACCAGUACCGUAUUUAGCGACUCUCAUAAACUGCCUCGUUUGGGUUCUGUAUGGGCUCCCUAUGGUACAUCCGCACAACACACCGGUCCUUACAAUCAACGGCACAGGGAUCAUAAUCGAAGUUGUGUUCAUUACCAUUUUUUUCGUUUACUGCGGCCGUCAAAAACAGCGUUUGGUAAUAGCCGCUGUUUUAGCGGGUGAAACCGUUUUCGUGGCUGUUCUCACAGUGUUGGUCUUCACUCUACAACACACUACCAAAGAACGUUCGUUGAGCGUUGGAAUCAUUUGUUGCGUUUUCAACGUGAUGAUGUAUGCUUCUCCAUUAUCUGUCAUGAAAACGGUAAUAAAAACAAAAAGCGUGGAGUUCAUGCCGUUUUGGCUGUCGCUAGCUGCGUUUCUAAACGCAGGCGUUUGGACAGUCUAUGCACUCAUACAAUUCGAUCCAUUCAUCGCUAUACCAAAUGGAAUUGGAUGUGUAUUUGGACUGGCCCAAUUAAUAUUGUACGCUGCUUACGAUAAAUAAUGGCGGAAAGAAAUAUCCAGUGCGUUCGUUCGUAUUGACUAUUGAGAAACCCACAAAUUUCAAUCAACGGCUUAACGGCGUUUGAUUUGAUCUUCUCACACUAUUAUUUACCGUCCGAUUAUCAGCCUUUUCAUUUAAGUGAAAACUUCGUCACACUUUUUGCAAUCUUCGUUCAUGAAUUCCAGUGUCUGUUAUUUUAGGAGCAAUGUACUCUUUUCAAAGUACUGGGUGUUAUGUUAUAACUUAUAAGAUUAUGUGGGCUCAAAUAAAAACUAAUCUAUCACCUUGACACCUUCAUCAUUCAUAAUAUGCUGCCUAGGGUUUUAGGGACUUGAGGUGAACUUUAAAAAAAAAAUUCUGCUUAGAAAUAAGUUUGUAGUUAUAAAUUACAAAGAAUUAAAACAAAAAAUAAUCUUAAGAAUGUGUCAUAUAAAAUGUAUGGAUUAAAGCCUUCGGUUCAAACCUAAGUGAUUCACCACCUUCCAUCUCCAAGUUUUAUAACUAGUCUACUUCAUAAAAAAAUAACUCAUCCCACCAAAUUCGCAGUGUGCUAUGUGUUUAUGGCAUGAAAGUUGUCGUGGAAAAAAAUCUGUAAGUUUCCUCGUUUUAUUACUCAAUUUCUCAAGACAAUUAGUUAGCUGAUUAUGAAGCUAAAUAUAAAAUAAAGCAAGAAUUAAGAUAUAGCAAAUUAGAGCGAGUCUUUAGCAUGUCCUACGAGUGCGCUUGGCCUUAAUAACAAACAAAUCUCUUCUACAAAUUCCAAAUUUUCAACAACACAAAAACAAACUUUACAAAACAGUUUUUAGAAGAAACUUCUUUGAGAGAUACAAGUCACUUAUAAAGAAAGACAUUAUAUAAACUCUUUCUCAGAAAAGAGAGACGCCAUAUACAUAGAGAAAUAUAUAUAUUUUUUUUAAAGGGAAAUGGCGGGACCUGACCAAGCAGCGAAGCAGUCAAGUGAAGUUUUGUGCCAGCGACGAUCGUUAGGGAUAUGUCCUGUGAGAGCAGCAGCGGUUGGAUUUGUGAUAAUUGGUGGACUUGGCUACAUGGUUUUGUACAGUAAAAAGAAGCCAGAAGCUUCAGCAGGUGACGUUGCUAAAGUUAUAUCAGGUGUUGCUGGUACUCCUGAGAAUACUCAUCCUCGCAAUUAACCAUUUUGUUAUAUCUUUUUUUUCUCUCGAUACACUGAAUAAAAGCAAAAUCAAGAUUCCUAUUCUGAAAACUAAAUUUCAAGAACAUUAUCAACAAUAAAAGAUUCACCCUUUCUCAGCAACUUCAGCAUCAGUUUCAAUACGAAAGUUCCAACUCUACAAGACUUCACCAGUAGCUUUUCUCAUAAUCACUAACACUACCCUCUGCAACUUCCCAGCUUCAAGCCAUUCUUUAACAUCACAACAAUAUCAUUCUAUAUAAACGUCUCGAAAGACUCAUAUACAAGAAGAAAUAAUCCAUUUUUUAUCGUAAAUCAGAGAAGUGAUGAUAUAUAAGAUGGAUUAUUCUAAUUGUGAUUAACUAAACCAUGUACAACAUAUAUCUAUAAACCAAUACUUCCCCUCAAGAUGGAGCAUAUAUGUUAAUGUUCCAUCUUGCAGGGUAUAGAGGCUUGUUAGGAUAUCUGCAAGCUGAUUCUCCAAACGAAUGUUAAAAAAUCUUGAUCAUGCCUAACUUAACUCGCUCACGCACAAUAUGGCAGUCACGUUCGACGUAUUUUGUCCGUUUGUGAAAAAAAGAGUUAUUGGCAAUGAGUAUGGCAGCAGUGUAGUCGCAAUACAAAGGAGCAGGGUCCUUAAUUUCAAUCCAGAGAUCAUGAAGCAAAUUUCGAAACCAUAUAAUUUCUCGGACUGCUUUAGACAUCGCUCGAUACUCAGAUUCUGCCGAAGAACUCGUUACCGUGUCUUGCUUAUUUGAUUUCCACAAAAUCAAAGCAGUGCCAACAAACAUACAAUAGCCAGACACACUGCAUCUAGUGUCAUGAGCAUCGACAAAAGCAGACAGCUCCAGAUUUGAAGAAGCAGGGUAGAAAAGGCUAUGACCUAUCGUGCCUUUCAAGUAAUGCAAUAUCCUGUAAGCUGCUUGAAAGUGAGGGGCUCGUGGAGAUGAAGCAAACUGACAAAGUUUGUGGACAGCAAAUGUGAUAGGACUCUGCGUUUUUCAGUAAAUCACCAUCUUCUUUAUUUAUUUAAUAUAAUUCAUUUAUUUAAUUAACUGUUAAAAUAAUUAACUCGUUUGUAAUUUGAAGUUAAUAAUUUUCAACUAAGUAGACUUCUAAAUCUUUUAUAUUCAAAAUUAUCUUUAGCUAUAUUAAACUUCAAAUGUAAAUGUUAAGAUGACUUCUAAUUAAGUUUUCUAAACCUUAAAUGCGAAACAGAAUAACCUUUGAUUUAACACUGUGUCAGAUAUGAAAACAUUUAAUAUAUACAACUAAACACUCGAAUAUAAAUUUCAUAUUUUUAAUAGAAAAAUUACAAAUACUAAAUCUCACCAUAACUAUAAAAAUAGGACUUCACACAUGUAUCAUCAAACCAUAGUGUAAACCAUGAAUUGUACAAUCAAUAUUCUUUCAUUUUUUAUUAACAAACUUUCAAACUAUUCAUAUUUAAAUUAGUUAUAUCAAUUUUAAAUCAAAUUAGUUGUGAUAAUUUUAAGUUUUAAUUAUAAAACCAAAUUAUGGAUGUAAAUUCUACUAUGCAGAUUUCAUCAUUGCUUUCAAAAUUCUCAAAACUAUAAUGGUUGAAAUUUUGUUUUGUUUUGUUUUUUUUUGCUCAAAGGACGUGAUCGUAAUUCACUAUCAUUUCAAGUUAUUAUUGAAUUUGAUUUAGGAAAAUAUAUGUACUUGCAUUAAAAUAUCUAAAUAUUGGUUCUUUUAGGAAAUUGUUUAGGCCUAUUUUUUUGUAACAAAAAACUAUGUUUACUUUAUUUUAGGCAUUUUCUCUUUAAAAAUUCGGUUAAAUUACUUUAUCAUAUUAAAUGGACUGUUUUCUACUUUUAAUGGAUGGAUUACAAAUUAGUAUAAGUUCAAUUAAAAUUAAUAAAACAUACACAAUGUAACUAGUUUAGACUAAAAACACUAAUAUUAAAAAAGUUGUUACUUUAAGAAAAAUAAUAUUUAAUUAAUUAGUUUAACCAAUUAUAAAAAAUGGAUAUUAUUCGAUUGAUUACACUAUAUCCAAUAAAUGUAAAAUUUAUUUAGAUAUUUGGAAACUACUUACAUUUUGAAACAAAAAAAAUUCUUUAAACUACUUACAAUAAGAAACAGAGGGGGUAUGUUUAAGUUUUUUUAACUCUAGCUUAUCUGAGGCAAUUCAUAUUACAAAUAAUAGUAAGCCAUUAUAUGUUGAAGCCCCUUUAGUCCAAUAGUUUAACUAAGGAUUCACUAAUGCUUCUACACCAGUAGGUCCAUGUUUCAAUUCCCGGAGAAAGCGAUUUAUUAAACAAUUAUGCAUGCUACGGAAGAAAGACUUAAAAGAGAUCUUCAAUAUAGUGCAAGUAAACUCGGUCAUACAUGAUUUUUGUAGGACAGCUCAGGUGAUGCAGUUAGACUCUUAUAAGGCAGGUAAUAUUGUCGGUUGUCGAAUUAUGUAAUAUUUCUCAUAAUAAAUCAACUUUAAAAAAAGCCAUUAUAUAAAAAUACUAAAAGACACGUGAUUAAAAGCAUAAUUAUAUAAAAGCAAUUCAUGUUACCAGAUAUAUACGAAUAUACCACAAUAUAAAAGUACAAAUAUAUAUAUAUGCUCAAUUUUUUUAUGGAUGCACAUUCAUCCAUUAUUAACUCUAGCUUAUCCGUGGCAAUUCAUGUACCAAAUAAUAGUAAGCCAUUAUAUAAAAAUACUAAAAAACACGUGAUUAAAACUUAAUUAUAUAAAAGCAGUUCACGUUACCAUAUAUAAUAAUAGACCACUGUAUAAAAAAAAUACUAAAUACACUUGAUCAAAUUUCUUAUAUAAAGAUAUCUCUUGUUGCCAGUCAAAGUUAAAAAAAAAUGAAGUUUUUGAAUUACUGUCAAUGUUGACAUAAAUUAGGGUUAAUAAAAUUUAACGAAUAUUUUGAAAGAUAUGAAUUUCAGAACUUAAAUUAUAUCUGUUUACUUUUAUCGGAUAAAAAUAUAUUAAUUAAUUUAAUUUAAAAUUUUAAUUAUUAUUAUUUUAUAAAUAGGUUAAGUUGUUUUUGUCGCUUUUUGUCCAUAAGUUAAUUUAUCUUGUUAAAUGAGCUUACUGUUUUUUUUCUUUUCUUUCUUUUAAAUUUUAUUUACAUUUUUAAAAGAUUCAAAUUACAAAUUAUUAUAGGUCAUAUGGCAAAAAAAUUAAGUAUUGACUCUAGCUUGCCCCUGAUAAUUGAUGUUACCAAACGGGAAUCAAACCAUCAUAAGCCAAUAUAUAAAAUACUAUAAGACACGUGGUUAAAACCUACUAUAUUAAGCAAUUCAUAAUAAGCCAAACGGGAACCAAACUACAAUAUGGCACUACAAAAUUUAUAAAAAUAUUAAAAGACGCAUAAUUGAGGGCAAAUGCGUGGACAUGAUGUUUAACAUCUACUAUAUGUUAUCUAUAUAUAUUCAUGCGAAUAGGUAUCUACUACCAAGUACCUUCUACCUACAGUAAUACUUUUCUUCAAUGGCUAGUCUACUGCAGAUGGGUUCACCUCUUAUUUACAGGAAUAGCCUUGUGAAGCGAAUCCAACGUCCUCGGUCUUUCACUUGCACCAUAGUAGCCAAAACAACAAGGGCCGAUGAGUCUCCAGUUGUGCUUCGUCGUUCCGCAAACUAUCAGCCUUCUCUUUGGGACCAUCACCACCUCCUCUCGGUCGAGAAUAAAUAUACGGUACGUUAGGGCAUGAUUAAUCCGGUCUUUUAGCCGAGGUUCUUAACUCAUGAUGUCACAUUUUUUUUACACUUUUCAGCUAAGAGACGGCUCUUAUAUAUCUUAUUUAAGAGACGGUUUUUAGUUUUUUUUAGUUUUUAACUAAGAAAAACUAAGAAUUAUCUCUUAGCCGAAACUAAGAACUUCAGUUAAGAAACUGGAGUUAAUCAUGAUCUUAGUAUAUUUCCCAUUAAUAAAAUAUAAAUAUAAAACGAUGUCGUAUAAUUGAGUUCUUGAAUUUUGUUCGUUUUCAAUGUGCACUGGUUUCAGAAAGAUGAAAGUGUGCAUGAGAGAGAUUUGUUGAAAGAAAAUGUGAGGAAGAUGCUCAAUGACGAGAGGACCACUCAUCUCGAACAAUUGGAGCUCAUUGACGAUCUGCAAAAACUAGGCGUUUCUUACCAUUUUGAACGGGAAAUCGACAAUAUUUUGACGUUUACUUAUCACAAAGAUAGAAGAAACUUCGUGGAGUAUGACAUGGAAUACGAUCUACAUGCUACUGCACUCGAAUUCCGACUGCUCAGACAACAUGGUUUCAAUGUUCCAGAAGGUAAAUCAUCACUUGUACAAUGUUAAACCCUCUCUUUAAUAAAUUUCUUCCUUUUUUCCUUUUAAUAGCAUGAUUUAAAAUUU